AUGCGAGAACCACCAUGGUCAUCUGAAGGGUUCGGCUUGGAGGAGGAAGAGGGAGCGAAGGAAGUGGGACAUGGGGAAGGGGAAUCAUAUAAUCAGCGCGUUUCGCAGAAAACGCGAGCUACCAGCAAACCCGCCGCCUCGAAGGAGCCGCUGCGAAAGGGAAAGGCAAAUUUGGAGGAGGGAAGGCAUGCUAACAAAAAAGGAGCCGGCUAUUUCUCCGCCACCGCACCUUCGCCCCACCCACCGGCAGCGAAGACGCCUCCACCGACCGCGGCGGCCACCCACGCCUGCCUCUCCGAGGCCAGCCUGAGGACCACAACAGGAAUCCGCUGGAAUUAG